AAUGUGAUGUUCCUGGGAGAUUUCCACGCCGGCUGUGCCCACAUGACGCGAGCUGACAAGAAAAAGAUCAGACUGUUCACCAACUCCAGUUUUUUCUGGCUGAUCGGAGACAAAGUGGACACCACCGUCACCGAGGACACCACCUGUGCUUAUGACAGGAUUGUGGUACAUGGGAAAUCCUUCCUGAGGGCCAUCACUCCGUUCUCUGCAAAAGUCUUCAACUAUGUCAAAGAAUUCAAACUCACCAAGGCCAAGGUUUGUCUGUUUGUCUGUAUCUGUGUGUCUAAAGCCCC